AGAGUAAAUAAAGAGUGAAGAGUGACAUAAAUGUGUUUCACUGAGGGAAUGAGAAGCCCCCAUCUUUGAUCUCCUGGAGAAAUAAGUACAUUACAGAGCACAUCAUCUCCUACUACUUGUUUGCUGCUCGGCUGCUCCUCUCAUCCCCAGGCCAGAAUGAAUGACAUUCAGGAGGCCACCUCCCCCGCCACCAGUCUCGGUGGUCCGGCGACCUGCGUCUCCAAAGUAGAGCUGCGGGUGUCUUGUAAAGCUCUACUGGACCGAGACACUCUGAAUAAGUCAGACCCUUGCGUGAUCCUCAUGGUACAGACCAACGGGCAAUGGACUGAGUUGGACAGGACAGAAGUGAUCAAGAGCAACUUACAUCCCGUCUUCGCCAAGGUUUUCUCCUUGGAUUAUUACUUUGAAGAGGUUCAGAAGCUGCGAUUCGAAGUGUACGACAUCCACGGCACUCACAGCAUCGGGACACGUGAUGACGACUUCUUGGGUGGGGUGGAGUGCACGCUCGGUCAGAUUGUGGCCCAAAAGAAGAUGGUGAAGCCACUUCUUCUCAAGUAUGGAAAAUAUGCUGGCAAAUCCACCAUCACAGUACAUGCCGAAGAAAUUUCCGGCAACAAUGGCUACGUGGAGCUGGCGUUCUGUGCCAAGAAGCUUGACGAUAAGGACCUUUUCAGCAAGUCUGACCCCUUUUUGGAAAUAUAUCGCAUCAACGAUGAUGAAACGGAGCAGCUUGUUCACAGAACUGAGGUUAUAAAGAACAACCUGAAUCCUGUUUGGGAGCCUUUCAAAGUGUCUCUUAUAUCCCUGUGCAGCUGUGAUGAAGACAGGAAGCUUAAGUGCCUAGUGUGGGAUUAUGACUCCAGGGGGAAGCAUGACUUCAUUGGAGAGUUCUACGCUACUUUCAGAGAAAUGCAGAAAAUCUCCAGCGGAAAUAAGGUGACGUGGGAUUGCGUGAACCCAAAGUACAAACAGAAAAAAAGGAAUUAUAAAAACUCAGGUGUUGUCAUCUUAAAUGAUAUCAAGCUGCACAGAGUUUACUCCUUCUUGGAUUACAUCAUGGGAGGAUGCCAGAUCCACUUUACGGUCGCUAUCGACUUCACGGCUUCAAACGGAGACCCCAGGAAUAGCUGCUCCUUGCACUACAUCAACCCCUAUCAGCCAAACGAGUACCUGAAGGCUCUGAUAGCUGUGGGCGAGAUCUGCCAGGACUACGACAGUGACAAAAGAUUUUCAGCCUUGGGAUUUGGUGCUAGAAUCCCUCCAAAUUAUGAGGUGUCUCAUGACUUUGCCAUCAAUUUCAAUCCAGAAGAUGAUGAAUGCGAAGAGAUUCAAGGAGUGGUUGAGGCUUACCAGAACUGCCUCCCUAAAAUCCAACUCUAUGGCCCUACCAAUGUUUCUCCCAUCAUUAACAGGAUAGCCAAGCUGUCAGCUGGCGACGGCAACAUUAAAGAUGCCUCUCGAUACCACAUCCUGCUCAUCCUCACCGAUGGCGUGGUGACGGAUAUGGCGGACACACGCGAAGCCAUCGUGAGAGCCUCCUACCAGCCUCUCUCCAUAAUCAUCGUUGGGGUCGGCAACGCGGACUUCACAGACAUGCAGAUUUUGGAUGGGGACGACGGUGUCCUGCGCUCCCCGAAGGGCGAGCCGGUCCUCAGGGACAUCGUGCAAUUUGUGCCCUUCCGGGACUUCAAAACGGCUUCACCGGCAGCCUUGGCCAAAUGUGUCCUGGCAGAGGUGCCCAAGCAAGUUGUGGAGUACUACAGCCAUAAGGCCAUCCCUCCUAUGAGUCCAGUGAGGGACUUGCCCACGCCAAUCCUCAGCCCGGUUGCCACCAGCCCGACACCGUAAACAAGUCCUCAACCGUAUCUGUCCCUCAAACUGAGACAAAGAGAGGAUGCCUGGCCCCUGGGAAAAGAUGAGGAAAAACUCUUGUUAAUCAUUUAUUCCACUCCUACUUUCUCCCCGGGACUGCGAGUUACGUUUUUCUGCUCGGUGUGGAUUCAGCACAUCUCUCUGGCUUUGCAAUGGAACCAUCCCAGCUGAAUCGGCAUCUGAAGGAUUAUAUUUCUUUGCCAUGGCUUUGUGCAUGCCAGCCAAUCUGUCAGCCAUUAAUCACAGACGGAGGACAGAUCAUCUUCGCCGCCCGUGAAUUGCUUCCUCUUAUUUUUCAGUAACAUUUAAUUUUAUCAUCGCUUAAAAAUAAAUUUCAAAGAGUAACACAAGCAAUCAGGCUAUAAUACAUUCAUCACAAGGGCCUACGAUGAAAGGCGAGACAUUUUCCAUUGUGGGCUUGCUACACUGACCAUCAGUCAUCACAUAUACUUGAAUGUGUUUGACUUCAUUCAAGGGCAGCAAGAAAUUAUUGAUCGAACCUUCAGGAGGGUGACACGUUAAAAUUUCCCACUCCGUGCGGUUCGCAAAGGUCAUACUCACACAGACCAAACUCUUAAUGUUUCGUCAUGGAUUAUCCAUCGUGGAAUGCUGCAAGGUUCUGUUUGUCCUGUGGAGUAUAUGAAAAAAGGUAAGUUACUCUAGAAUGCAAGAUACUCCGCCGUCAGACAAUCAAAUGGCUGAGCGGCAUCAUGUAUAUAGUGGAAGACAUUGAACUGAAUAUAUUUAAAAUGUCUGAUGCCUUGCAAAACUGCAAUAGCACCACUCCUAAUUGCUUGUUGAACAUGAGAUACAUAUGUCCCAAGACUUUUGUCCAGAUAAGCACAGUGUUUACGACCUUUUGCGGUCAGCGCGGCACAACUUGUUGGUGUCUUAAAUGUGGUUUGCUCAAUAGUGAUUAUAGCUACUUCCCAGAUGAUUAGGAUAUGAACCAUUACCGCCAUAAUCUCUGAUUUGUCACGUGUCAGGAUUAUCAUUGUCUACGUCUGAGAAACUGCCUCUUAUCUACUGCCUUCAAGACGUGACAGGCUCAAGUUUUUGUAACUUUGUCAAGUGGCUAAAAUAUUAAGUGUUGUUUCAACCUUUACAUCUUUAUUUUGUGCAACUGUUGUGUAAACUGUUUCAAUAAUCAGAUUCAUUGAAAGCACAGAAACAGAAACCCAAGUUGUAAUAUUAUUAUAUUCAGAGUUGUGCCUAUAUGAAUAGUUUAUGUUUGAGAUUCAGUGGAUAUAAAAAGUCUGCACACCCCUGUUCAAAUGCUAGGGUUGUAUAUAUAAAAAAUGAAACCAAGGUUAAAUCAUUUCAAAACAUUUUUCCACCAUCAACGUCACAUAUAACUUGCCCAAGUCAAAUGGAAUUAGAGAAGAAAAAAAUCGGAAACUUUCUGACAGGGGAACUAAAACUAAAAAAGGAGUCAGCACACACCUGCCAUGAUUUGAAGUGGCUCUUAUAAUAAUAAUAUUCAAUUACAAUGAUUCAUCAUGGCCUCAUGGUUUAUAUGGCAAAAAAAUUACAUGUGAACAAUGAUGUGUAGAUUUUUUUUAUAUGCAUUGUACAUUGGUAAUUUUAGUUUAAAGCAGACAUGCAGUGAUAAAGAACCUGUGAGAUGUCUGGGAUUGAACCAGACACCCUCGUUACAAAAUGACACUAAUACCUCUUCCAUGGUGUGCAAAAGGUCAUGGAAUUUUUUUCGAAAAAAACAUAUUAAACUUGUGUUUAUAUUUUUAUUUAGUGUAUUGCCUUCACCAAGUCUUUGCGCUAUUGCUGUGUAUAACUGCUGUGUGUUUAGUUUUGCUUUGCUAGUGCAUGUUUGCGCAAAAACAUCAACUUGAAAAUGACACCGUCCGUCACUGUGUCUACAGCUUCUUCUCACACACAUACACACACGUUGGAGGAACAAACAUGACCGUGACAUUCAUUUGUCCUCUGGAUCUCCCAGCUUUCCCUCAAUGCACAUUAUUGACUGGCGGAUGCACAGCAUGCACAUACACCAGCAUGCCGUUGUUGGACUGUUUUGAACAAACCAACUGUGGAGGACUGGCCUGUGACAGUGUGGAUUGGUCCUGUGGGCCCAGAUUUGGACAUGUAUUAAUGUAAUGUAAAGGAAGACCCUGUUACUAAAAAAAAG